GAAUCCGUGGCCCGAGGUCAGUCUCUGUUGUGUCGCCAUGGCGGACUCUCGCGCUGUGUUGGGUGCACUGGUGUUGUUGGCUGCAGCCGCUGCUCUCGUGUUGGGUCAAGCUCCUCCAAUAAGGGUAGAGCCAGUGACAGAGAUCUGCCUGGGAUGUAUAUGUGAGGCCAUCUCCAACUGUAACCGUACACUCCAAUGUACUGGGGAUGUGUGCGGUAUCUUCCGUAUCACCUGGGCUUACUGGGCAGACGCCGGCAAGCCCACACUCACUCCGCAGGAUGAUGUCAAUGCACCCGAUGCAUACGCAAGAUGUGUCAACGACCCUGUGUGUGCUGGAAAGGCUGUCACCGGAUACAUGAAUAAAUUUGCUCAGGACUGUAACGGUGACGGAGUGGUGAACUGCUACGACUACGCCGCCAUCCACCGACUGGGCGGGUACGGCUGUCGCGGUAACGUCGACGUCCCUUACCAGAACAAGUUUCUCAACUGCCUCAAACAGGUGGAGCCCUACCUCACCGGCUAACAAGUCAUCGAUAACCUACAACCACAGGAGCUCAGCGUGAGGCAGAGUGGAGUGGAGGUGGUGGAUUUCAACCGUAUCGGAAGGGGUGCAUUCACGAACCAUGGGAUGCAUCUAAAGCCUCAGUGUAAGCGUCUGCUGGCCGAGCUGCUGGUGGAGUGUAUGGGAAGGUUCUGCCGUGCUGUUACAUCGCGUCCGCCUCCUCUCAAGUCCUGUAGACCGUCACUGCCCCGGACUGACCACCUGUCGAAGAAGUCAGUUGCCUGUAAGGCACCGGCUGCAGUGGAGCCCCCGACGCUGUCCUUUGAGACGUUUGCGGACCCGGACCCACGGUUUAAUGGGAACAGCACUCGAGAGGACUCAUUGACGGGACCGGUCUCGUCCAUGGUCCUGUCUCCUGUGAGCGAGGCGGAGUUGGUCCGUAUAGUGCGGGAGCUGAAGCUGAAAAAGUCUGGUGACAUCAACGGGAUCUCUAGUCCAGAUAUAUCUCGUGACCUACACGUCCUGAACUGUCCUUGUGGUAAAUGUGAGGAAACUCAUGUUGAUCAAGAAACGGAGGAUAGAGUUACAGCCAAAGUUGAGGAAUUUUCCAGUUUGGAUGGUCAUUCUAAGAAGCCACUGGUCGCGGUGACAUCAUCGCUCAUCAGCUGGGCCCGCGGUCCAAGGUCAGCUGUCAGUGUCAAGAUGGCGGCCUCUGAGAUCGCGUCUCUAAGCUGCUUGUUCCUAGCCAUGCUGAGCUCAGCGCAAGGGACCAUAGAUGUCCCACCGUCCUGUCUGCGCUGUCUGUGCGAGGCGGUGUCCGGAGGUCCCAGCUGUGUGUAUGGUGCAGUGAGUUCGUGCCACGACGGAGUGUGCGGCCCGUACGCCAUCACACUGCCCUACUGGCAGGACGCCGGCAGACCUACGGUGGGACUGGAGGAUCGCUUGUCUGACGUCACAUAUCAGAAAUGUGCAUUGGAUACGACUUGUUCUGAGGCUACCAUUAGAGGGUACAUGAAUAGAUUUCAUCAGGACUGUAACAGUGAUGGUGUAGAGGACUGCUUUGACUAUACAGCAAUCCACAUGCAUGGAGGCUACUCCUGCAACCAACCACUUGCCGUGUCGGUGAGGAACGUCCUAGCCAACUGUCUGCAGAGAGAGGGUCCUGGAGACCCGGCACCUGGACCCUUCAAUCCAGUUCCGGCACCGGUCACUCCUUUCCCAUAUCCUCUCCCGGAGGAGCCAGAGGAACACGGGAAUGUGGAAGACAAUGACGUUGUCUAUCCCAAACACCCGACAACGUUCCCGUCCAUCGAUGUUAGACUGGGUGAUGACUGAGGGGUCGAAUCCCGAGGUCGAGAAGUAAUGAUAGUAGUAAAUCUCGUGUUUGCGUAGUGUAGGCCUUGACAACAGUUCUAAUGUAAUUCCUAUUUAGUCUGUGAUGUACUUAUUCAGUGAAGUGCACCAUUGUACUUCCCUUGGAUCAACCAAAGUUUGAAAAGUAUUUAUUUGGAGGUUUGUAAUAAACGUUUUGGUCUUCAGAA